UCCAUUGUGUUCGAUUAGCUGGUGUAAUUCAAAAUGGCAGCCUAGUGUGGGAAAAAGUAAUGCGGUUAUUAUGUCAACAUGUCACUUUUGAGACUCUGUACCUUUCCAAAGUGUCUGAGUGGUCGCAUACUGUUGGAAAUAAGUGUUCGUCGUGUGCCAUAUGCGGACCAUUGCCUUACAAUCCGGAAUAACAUUGAACGGCACAUUUCAGAGCCACCAUGGACAUCACAACGAAGACAUUUCUCAGCUCUGAUCCCAAAGAAAGAAGAUGGGGAAAAACGAGUAUGGGAACAAUCUCAGCUGCUGGAUGUGCUAGAAGCCAGGAUCCAGCAACUCCAAUCUGACGUCAUUGUAGAUGUCCAACAUGAAAAGGUGCAAUUUGUCAAAGCUUCCAAGUCAGGGAUAGGGGCUUCUUCAGGGAACAGUCCCAAGAAUGUGUCUGGGGAGAGGAAUGAGGUGCCCAAGGCGGGACAGAUUAUUAGUAAGGGAGGGGGACAGACUGGUAAAGGAGAGGGCGAAGAUGCCUCAGCCUCCAAAUCCCGCUGGAUGGAGAAACUGAGCCAGGAGAAGAAGACUAAAACAAAGAAACUGAAGCAGAAGCUAGGCCUAGAGGAUAAACCUGUGAAAAGCAGCAAAGGCAAACUGAUGCUACCAGGUACCUCACAUAAAACCAUAUCGACAAAAGCAGGAAUAAAGACUGCAUCAACUGUUAAAAAGAGCAAAACUCUGAAAAACCAAGAGCACACUGUGGCAGCUUCAAAGCACGAGCACACUAUGGCAGCUGCACCAGUUGCUGCUGCUAAUGUGCCUAUUAGAAAAGCCAAAGGGAAGGGGAAAGCCUCGAAGGAGCCGGCUCCUGAGUUGUCGAAGGCCAGGAACAGGGCAGAGGAGCUGGAGAGGAAGGAUGAGGCCAAGGCCCGGGAGCUGGCAGAGGUGGAGGAGCUGGAGAGGAAGCUGAACCAGUGGGCUGUGUCGGCCAGCCCUGAGCUCGUGCAGGAUAACAGCGAGGCCAGGGUGUAUGGUGACAUCCAGCGCAGUGUGCGCUGCUACCUGGAGGCCUGUGUGUUCUGUGGGGAAAUCGACAGAGCUCACCGCUUUCUGCUCAGCCACCACCGUAUGGCCAGCCGACGCAACCUGCUCAACAUAGGACUCUACAACAUCAUGAUGAGGGUCUGGGCCAAGAAGGGCUCUUUAAACCAGAUUGGCCGUAUGUUCAUUCUGGUAGAAGAGGCUGGUCUGAAGCCUAACCUUGGCUCUUACUGUGCUGCUCUGGAGUGUAUGGGUCGAAACCCUGACUGUUCCCCACAUGUCAUCAACAGGGUCCUGCGUCAGAUGGAGGAGGAUGGCCUGCCUGUGGACGAGCUGUUCAGUCACUGUGUGUUCAGGCAGGAUGAGAGGGACAUGGUGCUCAGAGCCAUCCACACCGUGCAACCAGACUUCCAGCCCAGCAUCAACACUAUCCUGCAAACCUGCUCCUCACCACUAGUCAAAGACUUCUACACCGAGAGAGCGGAUGCUAAAUACCCCAAGAUGGCCUUCAGCCUGGAGGAGCUGCGGGAGAGGUUCAGCCGUCAGCUGAGCAUCGAGCAGGCCAGCACCAUCACCAUUCACUCUGUGGAGGCCAUGAAGCCUGUCACCUCACACAUGGCCAAGAUGCGGGACCUUCUGGCAGUGCAGCGGUUAGUGUGGCACAAAGCCCUGGUUGGGGCCCUGAGGGACAGCAAGAUGAUCCUGGCCAGCAGCACCCAGAAAGCCACCAGACUUAGCCUCUACCCCUACCUCUGUCUGCUGGAUGAAAAGGACUAUGUAGACAUCAUGAUCCAGAGUCUGUCCAACCUGCCUCCCAGUGGGGAGUCUCUCCACAUCCUGGCCAAGGAGCUAGGCAACCGGGUCCACAACAAGUUCUGCAUCCGCAUGAAGGAACACAAUCAGAUGGUGGACAAGCUUAGCCAUAUCUACAAUGAAUAUACUGAACUACUGGCCAAAGACUCCAAGGAGUUUGACGUAUUGCCUAGGGAGCGAUGGUGGAAGCUGGAGGCAGAGCAUAGCUCUGGUCCCUCCCUGCUGGGGGAUGAGACCCACUGGCCUCACAUGGUGGUGGUGGAGCUGGGUACCUACCUGGUGGACCUCAUGGUCAAGCACAUGAAAGUGAACAGCGACAUCCUCAACUCUGCCUACGACCGAAAGCUCAUCCCUGUGCUCUACCACAUGUACACCUUCCGCAGUAACAAACAGGUCGGCUUCAUCAAGCUGCACCCCAUCCUGACGCAGAUGCAGCAGGACGCCAUGGACACCACGCUGACCUUUGACUCCUACGUGAUGCCCAUGCUGUGCCCGCCCGUGCCCUGGACCUCGGCUAAAUUCGGCGCUUACCUCCUCACCCCCACCAAGAUGAUGCGCGCGGUGGAAGGCGCCAACCAGCAUGAGAUCCUGCUGGAGAAGUGCCAGGAUGCUGACCUCCAUGCCGUGCUGGACUCCCUCAACCAGCUGGGCAACGCGGCCUGGAGGAUCAACCAGCCGCUGCUGGACAUCAUCAUCUCCAUCUUCAAUGACAAGGGUAGCGAGAAGCUGGACGUCCCGCCGCCCAACUCCGAGGCUCCUAAGAUUCCCCGCUACAACCAGCAGGACUCAGCCACCUUCACUUCAGCGGAGAAGGCCCACCUGAAGAGGGAGGUGGUUAAUGCCAAGAAGAAGUGCAGUGAGAUGCACAGCCUCAGGAUGGACGCACUCUAUAAACUCUCCAUCGCCAACCACAUGAGGGACGAGGUCUUCUGGUUCCCCCACAACAUGGACUUCCGCGGGCGCACCUACCCGUGCCCGCCCUACUUCAACCACCUAGGCAGCGAUGUGACCAGGGCCGUCCUGGUGUUUGCAGAGGGGAAGCCCUUAGGGCCGAGCGGGCUGGAAUGGCUGAAGAUCCACCUGGUCAACCUGACAGGCCUGAGGAAACGCAGCUCGCUGGCUGGCAGGCUGGAGUACGCCAACUCCAUCAUGGACGACAUCCUGGACUCUGCAGACAACCCCCUCAACGGUAAGAAGUGGUGGCAGAAUGCAGAUGAACCCUGGCAAACCCUGGCCUGCUGUAUGGAGAUAGCCAAUGCCGUCAGGUCACCUGACCCCACACACUUCAUCUCCCACUUUCCUGUACAUCAGGAUGGCUCGUGUAACGGCCUGCAGCACUAUGCAGCCCUGGGUCGAGACGUGAUUGGUGCCACCUCUGUGAACCUUAUUCCCUGCGAGGUGCCCCAGGAUGUCUACAGCGGGGUGGCACAGCAGGUGGAGGAGUUCCGUGCGCGGGAUGCGGAGAAGGGUCUGAAGAUCGCCCAGGUACUGGAGGGCUUCAUCAGCAGGAAGGUGGUGAAGCAGACAGUGAUGACGGUGGUGUACGGGGUGACGCGCUAUGGAGGACGCCUCCAGAUAGAGAAGAGGCUCAAGGAGAUUGAUGACUUCCCCAAGGAGUAUGUAUGGGAUGCCUCUCACUACCUGGUCCACCAGGUGUUCAGCAGUCUGAAGGAGAUGUUCACCGGCACUAGAGAGAUCCAGGACUGGCUGACGGAGAGCGCCAGGCUCAUCGCUAAGUCGGGCAGCACGGUAGAGUGGGUGACACCCCUGGGCCUUCCCAUCAUUCAGCCCUACCACCGCAGCCGGACACAGAUGCUGAAGGCUACCAUCCAGUACCUGAGUCUCCAGAUCACCCACGACUCUAAAGAGAGACCAGACACUGUGAAACAGAAGAAUGCCUUCCCUCCUAACUUCAUCCACUCUCUGGACUCCACACACAUGAUGCUGACUGCUCUCUACUGCUACAGCGCCGGCCUAACGUUUGUCUCUGUCCACGACUGCUUCUGGACCCACGCCAUCACAGUCGACACCAUGAACAAGGUUUGCCGGGAGCAGUUUGUGGCGCUGCACAGCCAGCCCAUCCUUCAAGAGCUGUCCAACUUCCUACUGAAGAAAUACUGCUCUGGGCUACUGAGCGAGGUCAGAAGCAAAAAGUUUCUCGAGUACCAGAGAAUGCUGCUGCUGCUGGCAAAAGUGCCCCAAACAGGCAACUUUGAUCUCCAGCGGGUGAAGGAAUCCACUUACUUCUUCAGCUGAGAGGAACAGACAGACAGGAAGCAGAAGCCAGUGGAGGGAGAUGAGUGGGAUUGACAGGCUGUGAGGCUGAACACUGGGAGGGCUGCGUGGGGCCUGGGAGGCUGGGAGGUCUCGUCUCCCUCAGACAUCGGCUGAUUGAUCCACAGCCCGCUGGGCGAAGCCAAGGCCUUCGGAAGCAGCUCAAUCACUCAUAAUGACCCAGACAGACAGCCAGCCACAGACCAUUGUGGGAGGAGAGGAGGAGAGGCCAGCUCUGGAGAGGAGAGCAGCUCCCCCACUCUGGACUGAAGAAGAUCUCAACAGAGCUCAAUUUUGACCCAUGCUUUGACUUUCACGCCCCUGUUACUGUAGUGUGUGGGUGGUUGUGAGAGAACGCUUCCGUGUGUCAGUGUGUGCGAAUGACAUUUCUUGACGAGAAUGUGAGUGUUGCAUUAUACUGUAUUACGCUCGUGUUCCUCGCACCUGUGUGUCCUCCCCUUAUCAGGAAUACCUCCAUUACAUAAAGAGCCAGAGACACUGAGAGAGACUUCUGAGUGAGCGUUGAUCAGCGGCGUAGCCCAGUGUGGUCAGUCUGUGCCCUCCAUCCCCCCCUCCUCCUCUGGGCAGAGUCGGUCGGCUCUCUCCCUCCGGCUAACACCUGGGUCAUUAAGCACAUGAUCCUGCCUUUCAUCGAUUCAGAGGCACCCAGGAAGAGAUGCCCACUCUCAUAUUUCGAGCGAUACUUCAUUUACCUCACAAAUUUCCAAUAGAGACAGUUACUCUCACUUAUAGAGAGAGGGACGAAGAUAUAAAUAAUGGAUGGGAAUGAGGGAGAAAUCUGUGACUUUGUGUUCUUAUUUUCACCUUUUGGAGUAAUUAAGCAAUAGAUUUUUUAAAAUAAACAUGUAUUUCUUAAA